UUCAAAGCGCCCUUCUCAAGGCCUUCAUCCGCGACGAUUCUCUCUCCUCACAGCCUUCAUCGGCGACGAGCAUGGAGGCGAAUAUGGCUCUGAUGUCAAUUCCGGCGAGGAGGUCGAAGAAGUCCUCUCUCUCUCUCUCUCAGCCUUCAUUUGCGACCAGUUCUCCGUCGUUGGCCGGGUUCGGCCUGAAGAUCCGGUGCGCCGAUCAGAGCUUCCUCUAACUCAGUUUGGUUCUCCGCCGAAGAGGGGUGGAUUUGGGUCUGAUAUGCAGGUAAAAAAGAGAUCUUGAAGAAGAGAGGUUGAAGAAAUAGAGGGUGUGUGGUUGUAGGUCUGCAACUUGCUGGCAUAUGGUGGGAUAAUUGGUUCGGUGGGUGAGUAAAAUAGAAAUGGAUUGAGUGGAGUGCUGGCGGUGAUUGCAAGAAAAAAAAAAGAGAUGGUUGGGGUGAGGAAGAGAGAGCUAAAGAGUGAGGUGAGGUCGUGGUGUUCAGUGUGUGUGAAAGGAAAAGAGGACGAGGUGAUGAAUAAUAGGGUGGGGUGGUCUAGUGGUGAUGCCCAGGAAGGAAAGGGUGAGGUUGAAUAAUAAGAUAGAGUCAAAGCUUAGUGACUUGUCGUGUGUAGUGUUACUAUAUGGCCUAAGUUCCUGACCAUGUUCAUUGAUCCCUAAACUUUGUUUUCACGGAGCUUUCUUGUUUGUAUCUUUAAUUCUUGUUUGAUUAUCAUUGUGAUUUAAAGUAUUUAGUACUGUGAAGUAAGUUAAUUAUGUAAAUGCAUAGUUCUUUGCUGUUAACAUGCUAUAUAAAUAUGGGAAACUAUCCCUUGUUUUGUUAAUAUGGGAAUCGUACGGCCCUAAGCUCCUCCUCGGCUGCUCCGAUGGAUCCCUCAGAAUCUACGCUCCAGAUUCCUCCGGCUCCCGCUCCCGCUCCCCACCCUCCGACUACCACACUCAAUCCCUCCAAAAGGAACCCUACUCCCUCGAGAGAAACAUCGCCGGGUUCUCUAAGAAGCCGCUGCUCUCUAUGGAGGUCUUGGAAUCCAGAGAGCUCCUUUUGUCCCUCUCCGAAACGAUAUCGUUUCACGGCCUCCCGAAUUUGGGCACCAUCGCCGUGAUCACCAAGGCCAAGGGCGCCAAUGUGUACUCCUGGGACGACCGCCGCGGAUUCCUGUGCUUCGCCAGGCAGAAGAAAGUCUGUAUUUUCCGACACGACGGUGGAAGAGGUUUCGUGGAGGUGAAGGAAUUCGGAGUUCCGGAUGUGGUGAAGUCUAUGUCAUGGUGUGGAGAGAAUAUAUGUAUAGGGAUUAGGAGAGAUUAUAUGAUACUCAAUUCUACAACUGGUGCAUUGACUGAUGUGUUUCCUUCGGGGAGGCUGGCUCCGCCGCUGGUGGUUCCUAUUCCUUCCGGGGAGCUUCUUCUCGGCAAGGAUAACAUUGGGGUUUUCGUGGACCAAAAUGGGAAACUUGCUCAUGAAGGCAGGGUUUGUUGGUCUGAGGCGCCUACGGUUGUUGUUAUUCAGAAGGCCUAUGGAAUAGCUCUGUUAUCGAGAUAUGUUGAGGUUCGGUCCCUACGAGCGCCAUAUCCAUUGAUACAAACGGUUGUUCUUCGAAAUGCUCGUCGUCUUCUCCAAAGCAACAAUGCUGCUAUUGUUGCAUUAGACUAUGCUGUUUAUGGUCUCUUCCCUGUCCCUCUUGGUGCCCAGAUUGUACAAUUAACAGCAUCUGGCGAGUUUGAGGAAGCUUUGUCAUUAUGUAAGCUGCUUCCGCCUGAAGAAGCAAGCCUUAGAGCUGCAAAGGAGGCUUCAAUCCAUAUAAGAUGCGCUCACCAUCGUUUUGAUACUGGGGACUAUGAGGAUGCCAUGGAGCAUUUCGUGGCAUCUCAAGUAGAUAUAACCUAUGUACUUUCUAUGUAUCCUUCUAUUGUUCUUCCUAAGACAACCAUGAUAUCCGAUCCAGACAAACUGAUGGAUAUACCUGGGGACUCAUCAUAUCUCUCAAGAGGUUCAUCUGGUAUGUCAGAUGAUACGGAACCCUCUGCACUGUCACAUGUGCUGGAAUCACAGGAGAGUGCAGCACUUGAGUCCAAAAAAAUGAGCCAUAACACUCUCAUGGCUCUCAUUAAGUUCUUGCAGAAAAAGAGAUUCAGCAUAAUUGAAAAAGCUACUGCUGAGGGGACAGAAGAGGUUGUUUUGGAUGCUGUUGGAGACAAAUUCUCAUCCCAUGAGUCUAAUAGGUAUAAGAAGACAAACAAGGGGCGUGGCAGCAUUCCAGUUACCUCCCGUGCUAGGGAGAUGGCAGCUAUACUGGAUACAGCCCUACUUCAAGCUCUACUUCUUACUGGACAGUCUUCAGCGGCCGUGGAAUUACUGAAAGGUCUUAAUUACUGUGAUGUAAAAAUAUGCGAGUAGAUUCUCCUAAAAAGCAAUCAUCAUGCUGCUUUGUUAGAACUUUACAAGUGCAAUUCAAUGCACCAUGAAGCUCUCAAACUUUUGCAUCAGUUAGUAGAAGAGUCAAAAUCUAAUCAAGUGCCACCUGAGGUGAUCCAAAAGAUAAAGCCGGAGUCAAUUGUUGAAUAUCUCAAGCCUCUUUGUGGCACUGAUCCCAUGCUCGUCUUGGAGUAUUCAAUGCUUGUCCUUGAAAGUUGCCCAACGCAGACAAUUGAGCUCUUUUUGAAUGGAAAUAUUCCAGCUGAUUUGGUAAACUCUUAUUUGAAGCAGCAUGCUCCAAACAUGCAGGCCAGAUACUUGGAACUUAUGCUUGCUAUGGAUGAAAAUGGGAUAUCCGGGAAUCUGCAAAAUGAAAUGGUAAAUAUCUAUCUAUCAGAAGUCCUUGACUGGUAUGCCGAUUUAAGUGCUCAGCAGAAAUGGGAGGAGCAAACUUACUCCAUGACGAGAAAGAAAUUAUUGUCUGCUUUAGAGAGUAUAUCAGGUUAUAGUCCAGAGGCUUUGCUGAAACGUCUUCCGUCUGAUGCUUUAUAUGAAGAGCGUGCAAUUUUGCUGGGCAAAAUGAACCAACAUGAGCUUGCCUUAUCCCUAUAUGUUCACAAGCUUCAUCUUCCUGAGAUGACACUGUCCUAUUGUGAUCGGGUGUAUGAUUCGUUGGCGCAUCAACCGUCUUCAAGAUCUUCUGGCAAUAUAUACCUUACUCUAUUGCAAAUUUAUCUUAAUCCGAAGAGAACAACCAAGAACUUUGAGAAGCGGAUUACGAAUUUGGUAUCGCCGCAGAACAUAGGAACACCAAAGGUUGGUUCUGCAAAUACAGUUAAAAGUAAAGGAGGUCGCGGAGCUAAGAAAAUUGCUGCAAUAGAGGUGGCAGAUGACAUAAGAGUCGGUCAAAGUGGCACUGACAGUAGCAGGAGUGAUGGAGAUGCAGAUGCAGAUGCAGACGAGUCUGGUGAGGAAGGAGGGUCAGCAAUCAUGCUUGAUGAGUUUCUUGAUUUGUUGAGCAGAAGGUGGGACAGAAUAAAUGGAGCUCAAGCUCUCAAACUUUUGCCAAGGGGGACUAAACUACAGAACAUGCUUCCGUUUAUGGGACCUCUUUUGAGAAAAUCUAGUGAAGCUUACAGGAACCUUUCAGUGAUAAAAAGUUUAAGACAAAGCGAUAACCUGCAGGUUAAAGAAGAACUCUACGAAAAAGGGAAAGGGGUGGUAAAGAUCACGAGUGACAGCAUGUGCUCCCUCUGCAGAAAGAAAAUAGGGACAAGUGUUUUUGCUGUGUAUCCGAAUAUGAGUACAAUAGUGCAUUUUGUUUGCUUCAGGGACUCCCAAAGUAUGAAAGCAGUGGGCAGAGGAUCGCCCUUAAGGAAGCGACGAAGACCAAGUAUUAAAUGGUGCCAAAGAUCACCAGUGAGAGCAUGGUGCUUCCGUUGCAGGAAGAAUAUAGGGAUGAGUGGUUUUUGCUGUGUAUACCAGACAGGACGACAAUUGUGCAAUUUUGUUGCUUUAGAGACUUGAUCUCCACUGAGGAAGUGAUGAAGACCAGGUAAUCAAUUUGGGUAAAAGGAUCGUUUCCUCUGCGAUUGGCUAGCAAAUACCGGAAUAUGAGCAUAAACCUCGUCGGUUGGCUGUAAAGGCGGGGGAAGGGCUAGACUGUGCAGGCACUCCAACCAUGCUCAAUUUGACAGUAAAUUUCUGGUGCGCCACCGACAAGACACGUUGUACAUUGUGUGAGAGUUGUGAGUUUUGAUUGUUUGGUUGUCGUCUUGGUCUUCUUCUAGAGCGGCCAUUCAGAUUCGGUUCGUGCUUCCAAAUUAAGUAGGGCUUGUUUGGCGCAAAACUUAAAUAUUUAUAGCGCUUUUUUAAUUGGAUGAAUUCCACUGGUUUGGGCCCACAUACAGCCAAGUUGGGUCAUGGAUGCUCCAUAUUUUUGAAAUUACGAAUACACCCCCUACUUAAAGUCGAA